AUGUCCUUAAAAGAUAAUAAUGACGGGCCGACUCUACUAGACGGCCUCACUGGUCCCACUGGAGAGCCGCAGUCUACCACCAACGACAAACCGGCCGAGCAGCCAACGCAGAAUGCAUUCCUCUCAGUGCCCUCGCUGAACGAUGGACGAUCGCCACGGCCGUCUUUCGAUAGCACCUAUAGCCUCUCCCAUCUCUCCGAGUUGUCCUACGUCUCCAGCCGCCAACAUGAGCCGCUGAUGCGCACCGACUCGAACGCCUCGCAAUCGCAGUCAUCUAGGUCCUCGCUAGUGCGAAAGUUGCAUUCUGCAUGGAUCACCAACUACGGUGCUCUACUCGUCCUCGGCGCUCAGUUGUUUGGCUGUCUCAUGAACCUCUCCACCCGACUGCUCGAAACUCCCGGUGACCAUGGUCCCGCCAUGCACCCUUUCCAGAUCCUCUUCGCGCGUCAAGGCAUUACCGCUGCUGUCUGUAUCACCUACGGCGUCUACACAAAGUCUAUCCCGUACUUCCCGUUAGGGCCCAAGGGCGUUCGCUGGCUCCUAGUCCUGCGAGGCUUAGGCGGCUUCUUUGGCGUGUUCGGUCUAUACUUCUCGCUCUUGUACCUCCCGCUCAGCGAGGCUACCGUCCUCACCUUUCUGGGGCCCAUCUUGACCUGCUACGUCUGCAGCCUGGUCCUGAGUGGCGAAUCCUUUACUCGACAGCAGCAGCUCGCCGCCUUCGUUAGCUUGGCCGGUGUCGUCCUAAUUGCUCGUCCACUGACGCUACUGAAGCUCUUCACAUCUACCUCCGAGAGCGACGCCACGUCCAGCGACAACGCCAUGACGUCCAACAACUCUACCAUGCUUGCUGAUAAUUCUCAGUCGAGUGCCACGCCAACACCCACCCCCACUCAGCAUCUCGCUGCCGUUGGCAUCAGCUUGAUUGGAGUUCUUGGCGGCACCUGCGCCAUGACCUCCAUUCGUGCCAUUGGAACCCGGGCUCACCCUUUCAUCUCCAUCAACUACUUCAGUGUUUGGUGCGUCAUUGUGAGCUUGGUCAGUCUCAUCAUCUUCCCCGAUGUCAGUUUCCGGUUUCCAAGCAACUGGACUGAAUGGGGACUACUGGCUAGUCUGGGCGCCUGCGGCUUCAUCAUGCAGUGGUUACUAACCGAGGGGCUCGCGUACGGUAGUGCCAGUAACGCAAAACCCAUCGAAGGCGAAGAAGCAGAUCUGGAAGCUCGCGGCAGGAAAGCCUCGCCCCGACCUACGGCGAGCAAGAAUAGAGUUAUCAAAGGGGCCGGCACGAGAGCGACCUCAAUGGUAUAUACACAGAUGUUGUUCGCACUGGCCGGAGAUAAGCUCGUGUUCGGCAUUGUCCCAACCGCACUCAGCUGGCUGGGAAGCGGCUUGAUCCUCGCAGGUGCCGUCUGGGUCGCCGCGGCCAAAGACCAACCGGGCAAGAAUGAUGCUGUUGACGAAGCGGACAGGAGAAGGUCCGGCCUGACUGGCGGUGGUAUGGAGCUCAACGCCGUGACUGCCAAUGCCGUUGGCUUCGGUGGUGGCAACUUGUAUCCGCACAGCGAGACGGCGUCGGCUGAGGCAACGAAACAAGAGACGGUGGGCCUUAUGGCGGAUGUGGAGGAGCUUGAUGCUAACGAAUUGGAGGCUUCAAGCCCGAGCAGUUCAAGUGAAGGGCGUUAG